AUGCCUAUCCCAGUAGUAAGUCUUUUACAACUCCUGCUGACUGGGCUUUCUCACAAUUCCAGCUUUUUCCUUCCAUGCCAAACAGCCAUUAACUCAGCGGCUGUUUAUUCUGAUUACCCUUGCGGUGCGCACGAACGCGUCUACCUCAGCGGCAGACAUCUUGGUCAUCCUUGCUCAGUAACCCUGCUGCAUGAGCCCACGUCUCUGUCCAUGAGGCUGUAUACGCAUAAAUAUAUACCUACCCAAUGUGAGCUAAAGUAUGACUACGAGUUCCUCUGUUCUGUCUCACCCGGUUCCCCCAUUGCUGGUUGUCACGGUGACAACCAGCCUCAUCGCCUGUCCGAAGUCGUCCCUCUAUCUGCCGCAGUUACUACAAUGGCUUUUCUCUUCCUCAGCGUCCGCACCAACGUGCGCAUUAUGCAAUUUGCUGAAUCCAUUCUCUCUGAGGUGAUUCGCUCUUCUGAUCCCCAUUUGUUUCACCUGUUACAACCAGCCCUACUCAGCAUUCACUUGAGCCCAUUUGGGAAGGUCUCGUCCCACUGCGCCCUCCUGCCCUGCUCUCUCUCGCUCUCUCGCUCUUUGCCCGCUUACGCUUGUAGCCGGGCUCAUCCUGACCCAUCUCCCAGUCAGACAAGCCUCUCGUCCGGUCGUCCUUUCACUAUCUGA